CUAUGCUUAUCCUCCUUGGAGCUUCAUUAUUACGUCUGCUUGGGCGGUGACGUACUGGUCGGUCGUAGCCACUUCUAAAGUAUCCAUCGUAUUUAGUUGUGUGAAAACGAAAACACCGAAAACCUUCGUCUUAGAUUUCAUUCAAAAUUCAGGUGACUAACCGUAAAAGGUGUUAAAAAAAUGGCAACUGCAGCGGAAAAUGGUGCUCCCAAAACGGAACUGCAGGAGUUGCAGAUGAAAUCCAACCAAGUCACCGAUGAGUCGUUGGAGAGCACUCGUCGGAUGAUGCUGUGUGCGAAGAGCCAAGAUGUUGGUGCCAAAACUCUUGAAAAUUUGCACGGACAAGGCGAACAACUGGACCGCAUUGAAGAGGGUAUGGACCAAAUUAAUGCGGAUAUGAAAGAAGCCGAGAGUAAUCUGGCAGGCAUGGAGAAGUGCUGCGGGCUGUGCGUCCUUCCCUGCAACAAAUCGUCGCAAUUCAAGGAAGAUGAGGGAACGUGGAAAGGCAACGACGAUGGUAAAAUAGUCAACAAUCAGCCAACUAGGGUCAUGGAUGACCGCAACGGAAUUGGUCCAGCAGGCGGUUACAUUGCCAAGAUCAGCAAAGACGCCCGAGAAGGUGAAAUGGAAGAAAAUAUGACCCAAGUCAGCACCAUGAUUGGAAAUUUGCGCAACAUGGCCAUCGAUAUGGGCUCCGAAAUCGAAAACCAAAACAGACAAUUGGAUCGUAUUAACGCCAAGGGCGAAUCCAAUGAGAACAGGAUAGGUGUCGCCAAUCAGCGUGCUGGACAAUUACUCAAGAAGGCCUAAGGAAAUUCAUUAAUGGACGGAAAUUAACUCUACAAAAGGGAAGAAAAACAAACAGAAAGCUGUCUUUGUCUACCGGUGCGGAAAAAAAAGAAAAAUAGGUGGAUAAAAAAAGAAAUAAAAGGAUUCUGACUUUGUUUAUGUUUCUGAUAUCACAGUAUUUGUUUAUUUGAACAUGUCGCUUUCGGCGGCAUCUUACGAUAAGUGCUUGACAACUUCUUACUUACGACCGUAUCUAGUUGUAUUUCUCUCCUUGUAUCGAUUCCGUUUCCAAAUUUGUGCAAUAACGCUUCCGACCACGAAUUUUCUGAAAUCAAACAUCACAAUUAAUUUUUUUCUUCUUUUUCUUUCCUUUUCUUUCCCUUCCCGAUAGCACUCUUGGCUUGUGAACCCCUUCGUUGUUUGGUUUCAUUUUUCAGUUUCUCCAUGUGCUGUCUGCCGUUUAAGUUAUCCCAAUUUUUACAUGUACAGUUCAUGUUCCUGUGGCUUUGUAUUUGCUCGUGGCUGGACAACAGAUGCUUCGUUUUCUUUUUUCUUUCUUUUCAAUGUUUUUCCCUCUUUUUUUUUUUUUUUUAUUUUUUUUUUGGAACUGCAAGGCAUGUUAGAUUUCCCGUGACUCGAUACCGUCUGAAGUCCCUUUGACCUGAUACAUUUUCGUUGGUUCCUUGUUCACAAGUUCGUCCAUCUCCAAACUUUCGUUUUUGAUUGAUGAGCGCGCCAGUUAGAUUUUUUUUCACCCCUUUUUUUUUUUUCUUUUGUUGAUACCGAAACUGCAUUUACUUUACGCUAGCCUUAGACCUCCUCUCCGGUUGUGGACGCACAAUCCUGCUAAUUAGGAAAAAAAAAAAAGAAAAGGAAAGAAAAUGUUCCAUAGCAAUUGGAAACCUUCCUUGUCCAUGAUUGGCAGAAAGAGAAAAAGUCGGUUAGUCGGAUACCUUUGCCAAAGAAAAGUCAUUGCUAGGUUGGGAGGAGGAAAAAAAUGGGUUUGCAAGAGGAGGGGAAGAAGCGGCACUUUGACAAGUUUCAGUUUUAUCUCCUUUGUUUGUUGUGAUAAUCGAAAACAAAAAUUCAGUAAUAAGUUACGUGAAGGACUUUCUUUGGGUUCAUCUGCAUGACGUUCGUUACAUCGAAAUACGGAGAAUCAUUAUGUGCUACGUGAACCGACUCAACUGAAGAUGCAAAAGAAAAAGCGAAAAACAAAACAAACAAAAAAAACCAAACAAUAACAGAACAAGAACGACUGGGACAUUUUAGCUAGUUGGGCGUGGUUUUGCUAUCGCUGAGAAUUCUGGUCGGCUGUUUCAUCUUUUUUCAUAAGCAUAGUUCUCUUUUUCUUAUAGUCCAUUUUUAAAACUAUGUGUCUCUCAUUAAUCCGUUUACUUGUGUCUAGAUGUUGAUAUUAGUUUAUCUAGCUUUAGCCAUUCCUGAUACAACUCCAUUAUUAGUGCUCUCUAUUCUUAACCUCCCUGGCCCAAACGCAACCAGCAACCGUUUAUACACACUUCAAUAUCGUCUUGUUGGUUUUCUGUUUUCUUACGAAAUAUUACUCCAAGGUAAAAGUGGCGGUAGUGGUACUCCUCUCCACGCUGUUUGUACUUGCUGGUUAUAAUACUAUAAUACACAUUUAGACCUUA